UGGGAUCUUCUUAACUGCAUUAGCCCUAUAUUAAAUGAUGAUAUUACAAAAGAAGACUGUGAAGACAUUAAAAUGGAAUUAGAAUUUCACCUUCAUUUAAUUAGUACUCACAAUUCUAUGAGUCAAAAAGUUCGUAAUAAAGCAUCGAAGCGUAAUAACACAGCAACGAGUUCAAGAAUUGACAAUUGUGAUGAGGUGUAUAAUAAUAUGGCAACUAGUUCAAGUGACUAUGGAUUAAUUGCGAAAAAUCUUUUAGGAGAAUUGCAAAUAAUCUCUUCAGAAGUGCAAAGUCUUCUUAAUUUUCAAGAAUAUAUUAAACACUUUCAAAAUUUAUUAAUAAUUAAUGAAAUAAUGGAUCUUAGACCGUCAUCUGAGUUUGUUCUUAUGUGUACCGAAGAAGAACAUUAUGUUAAAUUCAUUGCGGAUAUGUUUGGUUCAAUCGAUAACCUUUUUCCUGAACAAGCCUUUA